UUACUUAGACCAGUUUGUGCAUACAUACCCAGCAAAACAAAUGCUGUUUUUUUCGUCGUUGAGGCGCCUCAAACCACAAAUAACCCCCUAUGCGUCGCAUGAGUUUCGUCGGUCAAUGCAAGUAGUAGGUUUUGCUCUUCUCACGCGCAUUCUUUUUACUAUAUAUGCCAUGCUCCUCAGACUUUUCAUGCCACUGCCAUAUGAUACAUCUUCUAUCCUUGCUUAUCCAUUGGAGGGGGACGAUUAUCAAUCCGAAUCAACGCUUAUUCGUCCCGCUUCACUCAACUACACUGGCCUUAAAUUUCUCUACUACAGAACACUCAGGGGUAUGGCCAAUUGGGAUGCCAUCUUUUUCACUCAAAUUGCGCAAAAUGGAUACCAAUGGGAAAAUUUCUUCGCCUUUUUGCCUGGCUAUCCUGUCACUAUUCGCCUCCUAUCAAAAUUCAUGAUCAGACUCUUGGGAAUUGGAAACACAGAGUCUAUACUCCUUUCUGGGUAUCUCGCAAGUAAUAUCUCUUUUGUCUUCGCCUCAUGGAUUCUCUAUAGAUUGAGUUGCAUUGUUCUUGGAGAUGAACGUUGGGCUUUCAAAUCUGCGCUCCUAUUCUGUCUAUCUCCAGCGACGCCUUUCUUUCUUGGCAUCUAUAGCGAAAGUCUCUUUGCAGCUACAGCAUUCACUGGCAUGUUCUUCUGUGCUCGAAACCGUCAUGCGUCUUCCGAGAAACAUCUUUUUAACACAUUCAUGGCAUCGGUCUUCUUCGCACUUGCGUGUACUGUCAGAUCGAAUGCCAUCACACUUGUUGGAUUCAUUCUGUACGAACAACUCAGAUACUCAUACGACAGAUAUUUGUAUCAAAAAGAAGCUCGGACCAAACUCAGCCGAAUUGUUCUGGAAUGGAUUUAUGCAGGAUUUGCAUGCUUCCUCUCCAUCCUGCCAUUCGUGUGUUAUCUGUCAUAUGGAUACAUGACAUAUUGCUCAAAUCCGGAUUCUAAGAGGCCAUGGUGCCAACGUACUAUCCCUAACAUCUAUUCUUUCGUCCAAGAUCAUUAUUGGAAUGUUGGCCUAUUCAGAUACUACACACUCAAACAAGUUCCAAACUUUUUAAUCGCCCUUCCCGUUAUCAUAUUAUGUAUAAUGGGUAUUGUCUCUUAUGCCAUCUGCAAUUUGAAACAAUUUAGUUUAGGUCUAUGUCCAGAUAAACCGACAAAAAACACCGGCGCCAUACCACCAUUCAAACGAAAUUCGGUAUUUGUCUAUGUAGCUCAAGUAAUGUUUCUGCUCUUGGUUUCUGUUCCUUUCAUCUACAUCCAAGUGCUGAAUCGCUUCAUCUUUUCGCAGUGUCCAUUUGUCUAUUGGUAUAUGGUCCACCUAUUUUCUGCAAAUAGCGGUCACCUAUGGCCCUCUCUUGUCGCAUUCUAUCUCAUCUUCUACAACCUUGUCGGCAUCUCUUUAUUCACGCAAUUCCUUCCCUGGACCUGAAGUGUUGCCUCUCUUCAUUACGUCGUACACUUUUUCUCCUGUUCUUUGCCUUGUCGUACAACACAUCAGCCAAAACAUCAAUUGACGAUUGCAAUACGUGCCAGUCAUCCUUCGGACCCCCGUGAUUGCCUCCAAAUAAUAACAUCUCGUGAUUUCCUAUGGCCACUAACACCCCCAUGUCUCGACACUUCGGAGAAUUUGGUAUACUCCAUUUCCUCCAUCUCAAAGUAAUCGUAUCCAACGUGAAAAAACUUGAAGACGUCCAAUUCGUUUCCAUCUCCUGUCCUCCCCAUACCGCUAAUUGAAAGCCCAUUCUCGCGCAACUAGAAAACGUACACACGCUUGCGUUAUCCUCCUCCUCUAAUAGCCUCCAGCACCUUUUUACCGGAUCGUACACGUUCACUUGAUUGUACUUUUCCUUCCAAGCAGCGGCACUCUUGCACCAUACGCCACCUCCAAACAUCCAUAUUUUCCCACCAAUCUCCACCAAUCUGUGACCGCUUCGCCUGGACGGAAUGUAUCCGUCGUGUUGAUCUGUGUAGUCCUCCCAUCUCAUUGCUUCUAAAUCAAGCUUGUAAAAAUCCCCAAGCACUUGGUAGUCGUUUUCGCUCAUCUGAUUAUUUCCGCCAAAAAUGUAAACAUCGUGUCCCAACAACACGCACCCGUGAUUUGACCGGCAUAUAGGCGCUUGACCACUCGUCUUGGGUAUAGACCAAGUCUGGGUAACUGUAUACAUUUUUGAAAUUGAUCUCAUUAGCUUCGCGCAGCUACAUCUUUCUAAAAAAAAUUUCACAAAAAGCAAAGUUCUCUACCACUACUCUUAAAACGCGUACCAGUGUCUAGCUUCUUCAAAUUGUUGAAGUUUGAAACCCCAUCGUAUCCGCCGAAGACGUAAAUCGACUCUUUGUAUCCAAUCGCCUGAUGUCUCGAGAUGAGCUGGAUCUCGUUCCUCGUGUGACACUUGGUGAUUUCGGAAGUUUCUGAAUUUACGUUUCACCAAAGAGGAAAAAAAAGCUGUUGGUUACCAUUAAGGAAAAAUGUAAAGCGUGUAUGGUUAUGUAUCGUACCUAAAUUCAAGCAAUGAACAUCAUUGAACCUAGACAAAAUUGAAUUCUCGCCACCUAUAAUAUAUAAAUUGCCUUCUAUUACUGUCCCUGUAUGUGCAUACCGUGGCUCAAUCACCCUUGGGUAAAAUACUUCUUUCCA